UUCACUUUCCUCCACCCUUUAUAUAAUAUGAGUCAUAUAUCUAGAUAAACUAUUUUAGUUGAAAAUAGAUUGAUAUUUGCAGCUCAAGGUCGUUUUUUCUUAGAAAAAAUGCAGGGAGAGGGAAUCAGUUCUAAUCCCUUCCGGGAUAAUUAUUAUUACUUCAACAAUGGAUCUGGUCCUAGAAGCCUUAACUUGAUUCAGCUUAUGGAAGCACCCAAUCCUCAACAGGACUCCCUUAGUCAACCGGAUCUAAAUGAGGAGCCUUGCCACAGCUUCAGUUAUGUUGAUCUUUUGACCAGGGAACGAUCACCUUCUCCAUUUGAAGGAAGCACAAGCUUAAGAUGGAAUCAGUGUUCUUAUGGCUCGUUAACCUUCCAAGGGGCUACUAGUUCUGGUGCUCCAUCGGGUAGCAUCGGCUUGAAUCUUCCGUUUACUUACAGUCCUUCUAACCCUGUUGUGCUCACUUCAGGGACAACUCAGUAUGAAGUGGAGGAAAAUGUUAGCAUGCAAAAUCCUUCAAUAGAUGGGAGGCAUUUUUUAUUGAAGAGAAGAGUACCAGAAGAUGAUUCUGGAUAUAUGUCUUUGGAUGGUAGUUCAAGCUCUGCUCUACAAGCUCAGAACUGUGAACAACUUGGUGUUGCUGCCCAAGCAAAUGUUUGCAGCAGCUUAAAUAGAUACGCACCUUUACACCUAAAUUCUGACCUAAUAGAGCAAAUAGAAAACGAUGGAAGAAACGUUCGUUUUAGCAGAACAAAUGACCUCCAAGACUACAUACCAGCUUUACCCUCAAACAGUGUUAACAUGCAGCAGCAUAGCCAACCAGGAUUGCAUUUCCCUCAUGAUCCCUUUGUCAAUUAUGCCAGUGCAUCAUCUGUGCCAUUCAUUGAAACCCCAACAGCCCAGCGAAUUGCUCAGGGCUAUAACUUUUUACAAAAUUUAUGUCCUACGCAAUUAAAUGGGGCAAACAUGUUUUGUGGUUUUUAUCAAGAGAUGAACUCAAUGGAGAGAGCUAGCUACAUGAAUAAUCCUUCUGAUUCUCCAGUGGUUGAACGUGGAUAUUUGGAGAACAUGCAAGGAAAUGUGAACAUGGCCUUUCCUGGAGCUGGAAGCAUGGCAGACACAGGAAUUAUUGCAGCGGCUCAUCAAGCACCGUUUUCUUCAACAUUUCCCCAAACAAAUUGGGCCAACUCGCACAUGAUGGAGAAUUUAAUCGCGAAUGUAUCAGAGUCGCAUGGUCAUUACCACCCCAUGCAUAGUUUUCAUGCUGCUACAAAUCAAACGGGGAGAGUUUCCAAUAUCAGACGUGGCCAUGCCAGCUCUUCUCAGGCAAGGCAAAGAGUUGCGAGACGAGGUGUUAGGAGACCUCCCCGUCGCAUUCGACUUCCCUCUGCUACUGAAAGGAGAAGAAGAUUUAUAAAUGAGGAACUAAAUGCCCUGGGAGAGCAACUCGGAAUCAUUGCAAAUGAGGUAGAGCAAAUCCAAGUCGUUGAAUAUGGAUUAACCGAGGACACAAUUAUGGCACAUCUGACCCGGGAAACCCAUCAUCCUGCCGCAGCUGGGGCAGAGGAACACAGGGUGUGUAGUAUCUGCCAGGAUGAGUAUGCUGAAGGGGAUCUUCUUGGGAAGCUGGAUUGCAUGCAUGACUAUCACUUCGAUUGCAUCAAACAAUGGCUUUUGAGGAAGAAUUCAUGCCCCAUGUGCAGACAUAGAGCUCUGGCCAUUUGAUGGAAGAAUCGGCAAGUCUUUUAGACUUCCUAGUCUUUGAAGGAUCGUAGCUGCUGUGAUCUAUCUUUUUUGAGCAAUAUCUUUUUCAAGAAUCAUCCUGAGGUUUUUGAGACAUCUAAACAUUGGAUGCAGCCCUUCAUUUUAAGGGUUGCUUUGAGAUGUAUUAACAUUUUGAAUUAUGUAUUCAGAUGUUUUUCAUUGACUUAUUUUCUUCAUCUUCCGACAUUGUGAAAUCUUUUGGCGAGAUUAUUUGUUAAAAUUGUUAAUAUCUUGUUUACUAAUGCCUGGUACUUACGCGAGGGCAGUAGGUGCUCAUCAAUGUUUGCUUUCAGAUAUUUUUUGUGUUUGUUAUGAUGAUGAUAAGUAUGCAGCUUUCCUUUUUGCAGGGAUAAUAAUUUUCUCUCUAUCCU